CGGUAGUGCUGCACCAUGCGGCACUUCGUGUCCUCCGCUCUCAGCGCAGUCGCGGUUUUAUAAAGAAUUAUGCACGAUGUGCCUGAGCUAUAACGGUUGUUUUUUGUUUUUUUUUUUAACGAAAUAAGUAUUUGACACUUUGGGGACACGUCAGGAAGUUCAUAUGCCAAGAAAGACAACAGGAAGUUGCUAGCAGCUUGUCCUUUGGGAAAGACUGACAGCUAUACAGGAGUGCUUAACACAUUUGCCCUAGCGGGCCUGCACAACAUGUGGAGAGCUGUACAGAACCAUACCCCACAGCGGCCUGGUGUUGGCCUGGGGGUGUUGGUCACACAUCCAUCCCACCCAGGGUGUGUUCUCCUCGGGAGGCGGAAGGGCGUGGUCGGUACAGGCACCUAUCAGUUACCGGGAGGUCACAUAGAGUUUGGCGAGACAUGGGAGGAGUGUGCUCAGAGGGAGGUGAUGGAGGAGGCAGGGAUACGGCUGAGGAAUGUCCGGUAUGCCUCUGUCGUGAACUCCAUAAAGCUGGAUGAAAACUAUCACUACAUUACAGUUUUCAUGCAGGGAGAAGUUGACAGGGCCUUCUCAUCCGAACCAGUAAACAUGGAGCCGGAGAAAAACGAGGGUUGGACAUGGAUAACUUGGGAAGAUUUUCCCGAAGAGGAGCAACUUUUCUUGCCACUGGCUAAUUUAAGACAGCAGGGUUUCCAACCUUUCACAAAAGUGGAGAAGAUUUAAUGUAAUCAAGAGACUGUUUUUCCAUGCUGUGUGAAGAACUGCAUGAAUUAAUUCACCAGCUGAUUUCAAGCAAAUGGAACAAAAUAAGUACAUUAAAAAAGACUGCGUUACCAGAA